AUGUCGUUGGUGAACCUGAGCCCGGAGGAAGUGAGGCUCCCAAAGCCGAACGAGGGGCGGAAAUACAGCUCGACGUUCCUCACGCUGAACAACCCGACGAGCAAGUUCGUGGCCUUCAAGAUCAAGACCACGUCGCCCAAGCGGUACUGCGUGAAGCCGUCGUCAGGCCUGCUGAAGCCGCAGCAGACGCAGGAGGUGCAAAUCUCGCUGCUCGGCAAGGAGGCUGGGUCGCUGCAGAUCGGCCUCACCACCGACAAGUUCCUCGUGCAGUCUGUGUCGUGCACGGAGGACACGGACCCUAAGACGGACGGCACUAUCUUCAAGCAGCCGGGGGUAUCCGAAACCAAGCUCAAGGUGUUCCUCGAUGCGUCGAAGCCCCCCGUGUCCCCGAUCAUCGAGCCCGCCCACGAGGACUCCCCCUCGGGUGCGACGGGGCAGGAGACUAUGGUCACGCCCGCCGGUGCGCCGCCGUCCAAGGGCUUCCCGCCGUCCUCCGACUCCGGCGCGAUCGCCGAGUUGAAGCAGAUGAUGGAGAUGAUGCAGAAGACGCAGCUGGAGAUGAAGGCCAAGGUGAACAAGCAGGCGGCGGAGCUGGCGGACCUCAAGGCCGGGCGGCAGAUGUUUGGGGCCGACUCCGGGACCGCGAGCAAGUCGAGCGGCCCGAGCUUCCUCCUCGUGCUCAUCCUGGUGCUCCUCGUCUCGCUCGUCGUCAAGAUGGUCCCCGAGGAGGCCAUCGAGGACGCAGUUACCCCCGCAGUGGCACACGCCAAGACGCUCAUCGCGACCGCGCGCACCAAGGCCGGCAUCUGA